UCAAUAAUUCCCCUGAAUUGAAGAGUCGUAUGACAUAACAGAGUCUGCUGGAAUCAUGGAGGACCUAGAAAGUGUAUCUGACAGCGAAAUAGAGUUAAAUAGAGACGCUUUUAACGAAGAUACAAUUGUUUCAAUUCCCCGCCGCGGAUUGAAAUGUAGACGAUCCUCGGUUGGUUGGUUCGGGUCGAAUGAAUCAGCCAAUGACAGCGCGCCUACCACACCGCUGAAGAUUAUUGAAUUGCUGAGAGCUCCUAGCGUAAAGACAUACGCUACAAUAAAGAAAAAAUUUGAUAAAUCCAAAAACAAACCAGGGUGGAUUUCGGAUUUUCUCCAAAAAGAUGGGUUGGAUUUAUUGUUUGAAAGUUUGGAGCAACUAUGUAAAACCCAGGCAGAUAAUUUUUUAAAUGUGAUAUUACAGGAGUCUUGUGCCGAGUGCGUUAAAACAGUAAUGGAUUCUUCGCUCAGUUUGGAUUAUAUUAUAGAAAAUAAGGAAUUUACCACAAAAUUAGCAUCUGCACUCUCCAUAGAAAAUGUACCAGUAAAGCAGCAAGUGUUCGAGCUCCUGUCUGCCCUCUGUGUCUACUCGAAAGAUGGCUACUCAACUGCAUUGGAUGCUCUCGAACAUCACAAGACCGCAAAGAAGCAGAAAUAUCGGUUCAGUUUCUUGGUGGAUGAGCUCAGACGGACGGACAGUCUUUCAUACAAGAACAUUUUACUGCAAUUCAUCAACUGCAUCAUCAUAUAUACAGACAAAAUCAACGAGAGAAUCCGAAUAAGAAACGAAUUCUAUGGUCUGAAGCUUCAGGAAGUGCUGAACCAGUUAAGGCCUCUAGGAGAGAAGGAUCCGAAUUUACAGGUUCAGUUCGAUGUCUUUGAUGAACACAAAGACAAUGACGACGAACAGCUUCCUGGAGCCAAAGGAAUAGAUCUGAACAGCCCUCUAGAUGUCUUUCAUACAAUUUACAAACAGGUGGAAAAUACGCCACAGGAAAUACAUUUCCUUACGGUACUGCAACAUUUAUUGAAAAUAGAUACCAGUGAAAAGACAGCUGAUGUUAUAUGGGAUACAGUAGAAUCUUUAAUUAGCAAAGCAACUGUAAUUGAAUCUGUGGAGGAUUCGAAAAAACUACUUCAGUCUUUCUCAAAGAAACUUGACAAUAAGUGUACUUGUUCGUGUCACACGGAAGGUGAUAGACAUAGAUUAACUUCUCCAAGAAGAUCUUCCGGUGUUCAAGAUGGCGGCGAGCAAGUUACUCGUAUGACGUCACCUCCGUCAGCUCCAGCUGGUGGUCCUCCACCGCCGCCACCACCGCCACCUGGUGGCGGCGUCCCUCCUCCUGCUCCUCCCCCACCACCGGGAAUAGGGGCUCCUCCGCCUCCCCCACCUCCUCCAGGAGUUGGAGCACCACCUCCGCCACCUCCAGGCGGAGGUUUUUUCAGCAAACCACAGAAGAAAUUACCACAACAAAAUACACCUAAACCAAAAUCUAAAAUGAGAACAUUACAGUGGCAAAAAAUUCCAGUAAAUAAAGUCAUGGGUAAAAACAAUAUAUGGACCAUGACAGGACAAAUGUUCAAUGGAUAUGUAGCAAAAAUGGACUACGAACAAAUCGAAGACUUGUUUGGUGUGAAUAAAACGAAAACAAAUAGCCAGGACGUCACGGAUGGUUCAAGUAGCAUCGAAAAGAAAAAGAAAGAAAAUGCCGAGGACGAAUAUUGGGGAAUCACAUACCCGGUGAACCUGCUGGACGGGAAGAGGAGUUUGAAUGUAAACAUCUUCUUGAAGCAGUUUCGGAUGCCAAAUAAAGACAUUGUUCAGUUGCUACAAGAUGGACAAAGUGAUAAAUUCGGUGCUGAAAAACUCAAAAGUCUCCAAAAGAUUUUACCUUCACAAGAAGAGGUGGAUCUGUUUCGAAGUUUCGAUGGCGACAGAGCCAAAUUGGGAAGUGCGGAAAAAUUCUUCAUGUGCCUUAUGGGUCUUCCAAACUAUCGUCUGCGUGUUGAAGGUCUUCUAAUUAAGGAAGAGUUCAACGCCAACAUUGAAUAUAUCAGACCCUCCAUUGAUUCUGUAAUAGAAGCCGCAAAAGACGUGAAGGAGAACAAGAAUUUACACGAGUUGUUAUACCUGGUACUGCUGGCUGGAAACUUCUUAAAUGCUGGAAAUUACGCCGGAGAUGCCGCUGGUUUCAAGCUGUCCUCACUCCUCAAGCUGACAGAGAUCAGAGCCAAUAAACCGCGGAUGAAUCUGAUGCACUACGUUGUCAUGCAAGCAGAAGAAAAGAACCCUGCACUUCUUGGCUUUCCUGAUGAAAUGAAAUUUCUGAAAGAAGCUUCUUUGGCCUCUGUCGAGAACCUCACGUCAGAUAUAAAAACAUUAGAUGAGAAGCUGGAAAGGAUAAAUAAAAACAUCGACUCUGUGGGCUCAGACUUCAAAAGACAAAUGGAAGGCUUCUUGAAGUCGGCCAGGAAAGAGAUGUAUAAUCUGAAAGAAGAUCUCAAGGAUAUGGAAAGUCUCCGUUUGGAACUUGCAGACUUCUUCUGUGAAGACGAGAAUACCUUUAAACUCGAGGAAUGCUUUAAAAUACUACAGACCUUCUGUGAUCGCUUCAAUAAAGCCAAGACUGAAAAUGGUCAAAGAAAGGCUAACGAGGCAAAAAUGGAAGCGAAACGGUUACAGAGAGAAGCUGAACUGCAAAAGAAACAUGAAGCCGAGGCAAUCGAAGGGCAGUCACCGGAAGAUGCAGAGGGUAAAGGUUCUAUUGUUGAAAUGCUUCUUGCUGAUGUUAGAAGUGGUUUCAAGAAGUUUGGUGAAACGAACUUCUCGGUUACCAAAGUCCAGAAAAUCAGCCUGGAGAAUUCCAGCGUACCGUCAGGAGAUGGUCCUUUAUCCCCGAGAGAUGAUAUUGGGUCAGGAUUUGUACGCGGAGGUACAGGGAGGCGAAGUAUGAGAGGAAAAUCGUCAAAGAAGGAAUCAGAAACAAGUGCAAAUGACGCUAAAGUGAACGGAAAUAUAGAUGAACUAAAUCAGACUGGUUCAAGGAAAAGCUAUGCUGUAGCCACUGAUGACACUUUAUUUGACAUUCUCAUGCAGCCUGAAAACGAGGCUGGGAAAUCUUCUCCUGCAACUGACGGAAGUUUUGUAAGAACUCAGAGCUUGCGCCGAAGAAGUCAACAUCGGCGUAUGCAGCGCGAAGGACUGGGUAGUGAUUUAUUUGGGCGUGAAAGAGCACCAUCGCCUAAUAUAGAAGCACAAAAGAAAGAAAUAAUUGAUAUUAAAGAAAGACCAAAAUCUGACAUUCUAGAUGAUAAUUUUGAUUAUAGAAAAGGUGCAGGUGUACGAAGAAGUAGAAGUUGGUACGAUAGCACAACUUCAUCGGCAUCCGAUAGUACACCAAAACGCAUGUACGAUCCAAAUAAUAAUAAAAGUGAAGAUAAUCUAUCAAUUGACAAUAAACAAUCACCAUUUAGAUCUGAUGAUCCAGGCCGUCGAUCCUCACGGUGGAGAGGUGAAGUAAUUGAUAAAGCACUCCCUAUUAUUGAUGAGAAAUCUCGUUUAGUUACGCCAACAAAGGAACUGGAUGUUGCUUCUAAGUUUGAAACGAAAAACGCUGACGAAAUUCAGAUAACUAAAGACGAUAGUUUUGCUUUAGUUGAAAAGAAAAACAAGGAAAAACUAGCUAGAAGAUUUAGUUCUAGCGCUUUAAACCACAGUCAGAUUCAACGCGUGUUAGAAACCGCGGAAGAUGUGAAAAAUAAAACUGAUGAACAUUCAGUGGCAAUUUCAGUGCGAUCAAAAAUAAAUAAACGAUGGCACAGUGAGUUAGACAAAACUGAUAUUGACAAAGUGUUAAAAGCAAUUGAGGAUACGGGAAAACAAAUUGACGAAAAAAUUAAGAGUGAUCCAGUGCCUCAGAAUCCAACAGAAACAGUAACUGCUACAGUACAGGCUCAAACUAAUGUAGAUAAUAAGGUUGUACCACAAGGUGAUCCUAACGAACCGGAACAUUUAAAGGUAAAACGUAAUAAACGCAAACAGAGAUCCAAUCUUUCUAUGGAUGAUAUCCAUGCAGCCUUUCAAAAAAUCGACACACCAAACAAGACCGAAAGUAAAACUGAACUUCAAAGUACGGAUGUAAAACCUGUUGAAAGUGUUGAAACGACACCAAAAUCACCACAUGUGCCGCCUCGUCGAAACAGAAAAAGUACUGAAGGUUCAGUUGAGAAAACUGACACAGAAAUGAAAAGUGAAAUGGAAAAAGAAGCCAUGAGUAAGGCGGCUAAAUUAGCUGGAAAGAAACGAUUUCGUGAUCAGAGAUUUGGUGACAAAGACAGCCCAUCUCAGAAAGCAAUGUUAGAACAUUCGCAAGGUCGGUGGAAAAGCAACGUUGAGAAAGAGAAUAUUGAUGAAGCGUUCAGAGAUUAUGUUAAUAAGAGUAUGAGCCGGUCUAAGUCCUAUGAUGAAGCUGUUGCUAGAAAAGCAAUGAGUGACGGUGAUUUUGACGUAUUAAAUGGCGAGAAGAGAAACUCUUUAAGAAAUAGUGCUGUUAAUAUGUUCACAGAUGGUCGGAGGAAUGGUCGUAUUUUCGCAGAUGAGGACAGUGAUGCAGAGACAGUAACGAUUGGUACGUCGUCACCAAGACGACCAUCAAGUACAGCCAGUACAAAAAGUGAUAGUCCAAGAAGUUCUAGCAGUAGACUAUCGAUUAAAUCUACAAACACUUCAACGGAAACGUUGCGUGAAACAUGCAGUGAUGGUGAAAACUCGCCGGCACAGUCUCGCAGGGAUUCUUCUGUACGCAGUAUGUCAGAAAAAGUUCGUGACUCUCAAACACCGUCGCCGUCCUUCACUAAUAGAUCACAUGAGGGUAAAGAAAAUGUCAGAGCAAUAACUCCUUCUUCCUUGCUACCUAACCCCGCUGACGAGAAAUCUCUACAGCAUUAUGAAGCUAGAGCACCUUUUGACGAACAUGACGAUCUGCCACAAGCUGCUAUGCUAAAAUGGAAGAAGAAGCGUGAAGAAAAACGGAGACAAAGCUUCUACGAUAACGUGCAGGGCCUGCAUGGUAUAGAAUCCGGCAAUCUUUCACCUAGAGCAUAUCCUGUCGAUGGCAUGAAGGGAGACAUUUUAAAUAGCCCACGUUCAGAAGGCUCUUUGCAGAUAAUUCAUAAAUCUCAGGGAAGUAACGAACUUCAGAAUGAAAUAGGUUCACGGUGUAGUUACGCCAGCAGUUCAGAUAGCGCCAGUCGAGACGAGGGAUUUGAGACAAUGUCAGGUACGGUUUCUCAAAGAACAUCACUAAGCAGUACGCUAGAAUCAGAAUUUCAAGUGCCAAACUUUGGUAAAAAGCCUGAGCCUAUGAGUAAAUUACAAAUUAAUGAAAACAUAAUAGCUUCAGGUGCUCGAUCUUCUGUAAUUGACACAAAGAAAGAGAGAACAGAAUCUUGGACUGAGGCCGUUGCCAAUAAUGUAGGAAAUAUUCACAAAGAUUCACCACUUGAUUCAUCCGUUGAAUUUUCUGCCACUUCUCCAGAUAGCGGCCAUGGUACACUUAAGGAAGAAUCUUGGGCUGACCAGUCUGAUCUAGAAUCAACGAUCAAAAGUCCAGAUUCCAGACCAAUGUCUCCUGCGUCAUCAUUGGGUAUUCCUAAGAAAGAGAAGAAAGUACCAAGCUAUAUGCGUGGUACAACAAGCAGUUCAAAACGAACGUCUAAAGACACGGCGGGAACGGAAGGUAAAAGACGCACUAGCUCAUCUAGUUCUACACCUGUCUCAAGGCCAAAUCGUCUCUCGAAGGGUUCAAGUAAUCAGAGUUUGAGUAAAGCAAGGACUGGCUCAAAUUCAAGCAUUGCAUCUAUUACUAGCAAUGCAUCUAAUUCAGGUACUUCUCAGGUUGUGAAGAAGAGAGUAUCUCAAGGUGGACCGCGUGAAAGGCCAUCGUCUAUACAUUCGUCUAUGCCAGGCUCAAGGUCAACAACACCGUUACCACACACAACAACUAGGGCUCAAACCCCGACACACAGAGUAGCAGCGAAACCAGCCGCUCAUGCAACAUCAACGGUAGGUGCUAGAAAUCCAACAAGAGCAUCAAGUGCCACAAAUAUACGAUCUGCUGGUACAACUUCCACUACCACACCAAGAACGUUAAAAUCGAAGCCCGCUCCAACUCCGCCAAGCGGCCGCUCAAAAACACCAACUCCAACAACACCAGGUAGAUCAACAACUUCCACUCCAACAACGCCUGGUAGGUCAGCAACUUCAACUCCAAACAGACUUCGGUCAACAACUCCAGUAAGUCAUCAUACAACGCAUUCUUCACUGCGGUCCACAACUCCUUCUAUUGAGGAGGAAGAUGAAAUCGACCCAAAUGCUCCUUCCAGACUUAAACGGUCUCAGUCGAUGCGGGUUAAAUCGUCAGAACCAAGACCAUCGUUUGGUCAUGGUACACAAAGUAAGGAGGCCCCAGCAAAAUCAUCAACACCACGUCGAUCAUUUAUGAGUCCAACUGCUUCAUCUAAAGCGCGUAUAGAUAAACUAAAAGCAGAGGACGGUUCACCUCCCCCAACACCUCCGCCAAGGAGAUCCAAAGAUACGGAUUCUCUUCCAGGUAAAAAUGACGGUACGCCAUCUCCUUUGAAGCGUACAACAAGUUUACGUGUACCAGGGCGAAACGCAAAUAAAACUGGAAAAGAACAAGAAAAGACUUCUGAUAAUAAAAUCAAAGGUUUUAUAUCGAAAAUAGGCGGAAGUGGAAGUAAAGUUAGACCAGAAUCGGACUCGAGUGGUAAAUUAGCGCCAGUAGAUGAAUCUGCAGAAGGAGCCGAUGAACACGCGAGCUCAAAAGAGGGAGGGAAGUCCCCUUCAUUGAGAAAGAUUCUUGGACUUAAAGCUAAAGACAAGACAGUUAGGAAAUCCACAGAUUCUCUAAAAGGAGACUCUCCCGAUAAGAAAAGAAAACCAAGUAAAUGACAUUGAUAAUAUAAAUUUAUUAUAUAAUGGUGCAAUACGUGAGAAACGCCGUGAAGCAUUUCGUUGAAACACAUACAGUAUAUGUGAUUUCAAAUACUGCGACCAAAGUGAGUGUCAUUGAACUGAAGCAAGUUACCGUUGGAAUAAGAACUUUAAAAGAAACACUUCAGUUCAUACAUAUAAAGUAACAGCUUCUGCGUUUCAAAGAAAAGUGACAAACAGGUCACAUGUGCUGAAUGUACAUAAGACAAAUGUGCAAAAGGUCACAAAAUUUACCCGGUCAGACUGGCGGCAGUGCGGGGUUGGUAACGAGAAGUAUCAGGUUAUCGGACUGUGACGUAAGGGACUUGUGGACGGUGGAAUCGGGUAAACUUCGGAAUUAUAGUAUGUUGUCCAUAUUGUGACAAAUUUAUGCGUAUGGAACUUCUUUUUGAUUCCUCAUGUUUACGGAGUUUUUGUUAGAUGUGUUUAUGUGAAGAUACAAUUGAGACUGUCACUAAACAAGAUGUUGAAUAUACCAGAAACAAACACACGUACAGUACCUAGAAUAUUACUGAGAAUGUGAAUUGCGAGUCUGAUGGGCAGUGAUUUUGCAUGGACAGUGAAUUUGCAUGGACAGUGAAUUUACUAGAUUCUGUAUCAAUUUCUGUGAUAACAUUUUCUGUAUGAGACAAGACCACAGUGUGGCCUAGACUUUCAAAUCAAGUGCCAGAUGUUAGGGAUUUUUUGUCCCUUUAAAAUUUAUAAUGCGGCUAGUUUUUUUUUUUUUUUUUUUUUUUUUUUUUUUUUUUUUUUUCAUGUAGUAGCUAUUGCUUUAAACCGACUUCAUCCAGACAGCAUGGAUCUGUAAGCAUAUUAAUUAGUUGUUCAUAACAAAUUAGAAGCUAGUAUACGACAAUAGGGUUGCAUAACAAGCAUUGAACAUUAGAAUUUCCAUGAAAAAAUGUAGCCAAUUUCGUAUUAUAAUAACGAAUGAUAGUUCAAAAUGCAUCCUGUUAGAUGUUUAAUAACGAAUGCAAAGAUUUAAAAAUCGUGUUCAUCACUAGGAUUUCAUUUUAUUUCAAAAUGGUCCUGGUCUUUCAAAAUUAUUUUAGUUGAUAUUGACUCUGCAGAAAGAAAGACGUGUAGAUUUAUGCAUUUUCUAAAAAAAGUGUAAAAAUGUUAUUACAUAAUUCUUUAUAGCUUAUUUCUUAUUGUAAGAAUGAACUUUAAUUAUGUUUUGUGCACGAAAUGUACACGUAUACAUGGGCCUCACGUGAUAUUAAGUUAUGUACGUUUGACUAGUCGUAUUGCGUAUAUGUACAAAGUUUUGUCAUAUAAAAUAUCGAUUUUUUCUUGUACACAGUGUAUGGUACAACUCAGCACAUUGAGAAGUAGUGUGUGUGCGUGUGUGUAAAGGGUACCUUUUCGCAGAACGGAAAAAUAGCAUAAUUUUUAUUUACAUUAUGUACAGUAAAAUAUAACACAUACAUCCAUUUAAGCCAUAUUUUGUACAUAUAGAUGUUUUGUUAAAAUGCUUAGAUAGUAUUUAUACGGCGAUUUCUAUAUUUUGUAUACAAAUUAUUAUUUUGUAUUGAUAUUAGCAGAUUGUAAUCGUCACACGUGUAAUGUAUUUUGAUAAAAAUUCAUGCUCCUUAACUUACAUGUUUUUCAUUUGACACAUCUGUUUCAUGACAGUUGUUAAUCUUGUCGUUAAACACAAAUAAACAUUAAAUCAUCAAUAA